AUGUAUAAUAAUGCCCAUACUCUGCCGCUAGUUUACACUCAGACAAAACCCAUUCGCCAGCGUAUCUCGCUGCCAUCUGCCCAUCACAGCGAGCAAUCCAUUCAGCCUGACCAGCGCGCCCGUGAACACGAGCACGUGCAUCAAGUUGUGACUCUGGCCGAGCAGGUCAAACGUCCCAGGAAACCAGCGCUCAGGAAUCCUCGCCGCGUACAGCGCCGCGCCGGAGAAGUUGAUAAGCGCCAGGCCGAGAAACGACUCGAGACCCAUCAUGUCCUCCAGCGCCGCGAGGCCGAACCGGGACCAGCCAUGCAAAGCAGGCGCAAAGAGGCUCGAUCCCAGGAAGCAAUACAGGAGAAAGCGCAUCGUGCGAUAGGUAGGCUGCCGAAACGUGGGACGCAGAGUAAAGACGCCGCAGCCAAUGGCCGUGCCGCUGAGGGCGAGAUGGUACAGCACCUGCAGUCGUGGUUGGCAGUAAAAGGCGAAAUGCACGCCAGAGACUCCGGUUCCCCACAUGACGAGAACGAUGCCCAGGUGGUCGAGCUCGUUGCCGAACCGAUGCAUGCCGGCGCUGUGGUCCGCGAAUGUGUGAAACGUGGUGGACAGCACGAAGCAGACCACCACGGAGAGGUAGUACACGCUGACGGCCGCAAUGUCGGAGGCACGCGAGCCAUCUUGGCCGGCAAAGGAGCGCAAAUGAAGAAAGUCGAUCAGCCCUAUGAGGAACUGGGCAGCACCGAUGAGAUGGGACCAGAUAUUGGCUGCAGAUUGGGUCAGUCGACUUGCCGCAGGGAUGCGUGCUUCUCUGCCGAGGACACUGACCUGUCUCAUUGUGCACCUCCAAAAUACUCCUGA